AUGGACGAGGCUGUUGCCAUCCCAUCUCAGUCACAGGAGGCUGCAGUGGUGACCUUCACUACCGUGACCCACAAGGAUGCAACCUCCCAGACCAGCCUCACCCUCAGCAGGGGAAAGAGAAGCUACCCAGACCUACACACCUUUGUGCAGGACAUGAAGGACGACCAUUGGAAUCUGCUGAGUGAGAAUAUGCGUGUCGGGAUGAGCAGACAUGAGUUUAGUGCCAAGUGCAUGGAUAUUGUAGCAUGGGUGAUGGAGUCUACAUCCACUGUGGUUGUUCCCGCCCUUGACCUCACCAUGCAGAUAGAGCUCUCUGAUUCGCCAAGCUCUUCUGGAUCAGGAAGUAAUGAGGCAGGAGAGGUGACCUCUCUUGGCCGCAGCGUCAGAUUCAGCUGUAGUGGAGGACCCAGCAAGUGCACCAGCGCCAGAACCGCCUGCAGCACACGCACUCCCACGCCUUUCCCCUCCUCUCACAGGUCCAUGACCUCUUUGCUGAGUGAGAACGAAGAGCGAUAUGUCUCCUCACCUGAGGGUGGCGAUAGAGAGAUGAGACACAGACCACACUCAGCACCACUGAGAUCUGUGUUUGGAAUCUCUGAGGACUCUGUCUUAGACAUGGUCCAGAGCGGCCAGUCGCAGAGUGACAUCGUACUGCCGCCGAAACGAAGUAGACAGGAGAAAUACAGACUUAGCAAAAUAUCAACGGACGGCAAGUUAAUGAUGGAUAUUGUCGAGUUGGUUAUAAACCUUCUCACCUCCAGAUUGGCUGAGCUAAUGCGAAGUGUCAGUCAGGGAACUCUAGAUCCGCUGACUGGAAGUAUCUCAGCAAGUCAACAGUUUGUCCAAGAGAUGCUAAGCAUGGCGACUUCUAAGAUGUAUUCCCAUGCCAUAGAGCAUAUUGCGCUCGGCCACAAGUCUCCCCUUGAGUUAGAGAGGGAGCUUGAGGCCAUCUUGGGUCCUCUGGCUGGACAGGUCAUAGUCAUCAUCAUAGAUAGCAUCACCAAGGCUAAAGCCAACGGAGGAAAUGAGGGGAGAGCGACCAGCCCCCUUGACCUAUUUUCUAACUGCCAUUUCGGCAGAAAUACAAAGCCUAGUGGUUCACAGAUCGGCUAG